UGCGCAAGAAAGAGUGUGCUCAGUGCAGAAAGAGUGCAAAAAAGAGAAGUAAAUCAGAGAGGAAGGAGUGUGUGUAUGCAUGGUAUGCAUUCAGUGGCGCGUGUUGUAUGUUACAUCCCCACCUGUCAUCCUGUUAAAUUUCACUGAUAAUCAAACGCGAUAAAUUUUUACGAGAAUUCAGGGUGUGCAUUAACUAAAAAUUUGAAGUGAAAAUGGCACACUGGUUUCAUCGGAAUGUUUUGAAAGCCACGACGAAUCAAAAUUUUGAUUUAAAAAUCGAGAAACCCACCGAGACUACGAAACGAAUUUGCAGCGAUCUUAAGUUAUCAAGAAAUCGUCUGCUCGAUCUUAUCAGAAAUCCGAACAAUACAAGCGAUGCUAUAGAGCCUGCGUUUGCUGCCUAUUUGAGCCUUUUGUACGGGCUAAUAUGGGAAAUUGAAACUACUGAAGAACAAGCAACACGAGUGGGAAGACCAAAUCCUAGCAAACUAAGAAAUGCUUUUGUUUUCAAAUGGACGCAUUCUUUGCUCGGAUCGACAACCAGUUCGAGCAAUGAUUCUGUUUAUGAAGCAGCUAAUAUGAGCAUAAACGUGGGACUCUGGUUCAUGAAACACGCGGCAAUGAUUGCAGCUAAGGAUGAAGUUGCAAUGACAGAUGCCAAAGCGGUUCAUGGCAAACUGAGACAAGCGGCUGGAAUAUUUACAUUCGUCCAGACUGAGUUUCUGCCACAGCUCUCGAAUCCACCUAUGCUAGGCAGCGACAUGGAUCCCAGAGUCAUCAAUGCUUAUAUCAAUCAGUGUACCGCAGAGGCGCAAGAAGUGACAGUUGCAAGAGCGGUGGAGUUGAAGCACAAUGCCAGUUUAAUAUCCGCAUUGGCGAACGAGACGAGUAAGCUAUUUUCCGACGCGGCCAAUACUCUGCUCCCAUUCAAGCCUGAAAUAACGGCCCAAUGGAUAAGUUAUUUGGAACUUAAGGCUGCCUUCUAUCGUGCCUACGCGUACAAUUAUUGUGGAGAGGAUCUUUUGGCUGCCGACAAGUGUGGCGAGGCGAUAAGAGCUCUACAGGAAAGUGAGAACUGUUUAAACAAAGCUAAAGCUCUUUGUAAAACGUAUUCAACGACAAAAGGUCCAGCACCGAGAGUCAAACCUGACCAACACAACGUCUUUAAACGUCUUGAACCCACUGUUAAACGCACUCUUGACAAGUGCAAUCGAGAAAAUGGUUUGAUAUAUCAUCACACAAUAUCCGGCGAGAUACCUAGCUUGGAUACAAAAGCAACUUUUGGUUUGGUAAGUCCGAUUGACUUUCAAAUGGCAUCACCGCAUCCAUUAUGGAAUCAAGACACGUAUCGGACGUUGAUCGGUUCGAAACCGGCCAAACCAGAGAAGGACCACGAUUUGCCACCAGUUAAGGAGGAAAAGAUUCAUCAGACUUCAAGAGAACCAAGAAAUGAGAGCGGCUGCAAUUUACAGUAAAUACGGACGUAAGAUUUUUGUCGAUUCAUCAAUUCACAGGGAAACAAUAAAAAUCGAAAAAACGUUGCGUUUCGAUACGAGACGCUACAUUAUUAUUAUUGUUAUUAUUAUUGAAGCUAGUCAAUACUUCUGUUUGGUUGUUCACCCACGAUUCUUUAAUUUCACGUAUGUAUUCCUGCCGGUUGCUAGAGUAAAAACUUCCGGUUGGCCGGAAAAGAUUAUCAACUGACCCACAGUAUCGUGCAUAAAUGUGCAAUUUAUUUUUAAAACGCAUUCUUUAUGCACGCGUUGUCAUGAUUGAGAAUUUUACGAAUCAGCACGCCUCGCGUAUUUUAUAAUGAUAAACCGUAAAACGGUGCUCGCUGCUAUUAUUAACAGUACAAAUCGUUCAUUUUUAUCACGCGGUAAACUACCAUUUUUAUUGUUGUUAUUAUACAUUUAUUUAUAUAUACUUGUUGUAUAAAGAAUAACCUUGCAAUUAUAAUUUCUGCAAUUAUAAAAAGUAUAAUUUAUUUUCUUCUAUUUACAUUUGUACUAUUUUUAUUUAUUCGACUGAUGGCUUUUUUACGUAAAAAUUUUUAUUAUUUUUCAAUCGUACUACUUUUGAUCUUAAGACCCAUUAAGUUGGAAUACCCAUCAAGUACACCGGAUGUACAAAAGGUGAAAACAUUAUUAUUAGAAAAAAAUUACGUUAAACUUUUCAUCAAUAUCAUCAAUUAUAUGAACGAAAUAUUUGACUUGAAGUAUCCAUUAAGCAUAACUUUUAACGAUUAUUUUCAAUGUAAUUUGAAUUCCGCACUCGCUUUAUUAUAUACAUGGACAAGUAUCUAUAAAAAUGACGAUAAAAUAUAACAUUGUACAAUUAUAUAAAAACCUAUAUAAAAAUUAUACCCAGUAUUUUCAGUGACAUCAAAAUUGUCAUAAGGAAUAAAUAAAAAAUAUUUACGAAAUUUUA